AUGGUCGUCGGCUACCUCACCAACUUGCCUAACAAGGUCCCCGAGAAGCAGCGGGCGUAUCAGGCCAUGCACAAGAAUAUCUGGUAUCGCCCUGCCGGCUCCAAGCUCUAUAUGAACACCUUCAAGGUCCUGUUCGGCUUGGGCAUGGUCGGCAGCGUGUAUAGCGCCGCCAACCUGAUCAUUGGCAAGCCCUCAGCAUAG